AUGGUAGCCACGUGCCUGCAGGUGGUGGGCUUUGUCACAAGCUUCGUGGGUUGGAUCGGCAUCAUCGUCACCACGUCUACCAAUGACUGGGUGGUGACCUGCAGCUACACCAUCCCAACCUGCCGAAAAAUGGAUGAAUUGGGCUCCAAGGGGCUGUGGGCCGACUGCGUCAUGGCCACUGGUCUCUACCACUGCAAGCCCCUGGUGGACAUCUUAAUCCUCCCGGGCUACGUGCAAGCUUGUAGAGCCCUCAUGAUUGCUGCCUCAGUUCUGGGUCUGCCAGCCAUCUUGCUGUUGUUGACGGUUCUUCCCUGCAUCCGAAUGGGCCACGAGCCUGGAGUGGCCAAGUACAGGCGAGCCCAGCUGGCGGGGGUGCUCCUCAUCCUGCUGGCUCUCUGCGCCAUUGUGGCCACCAUCUGGUUCCCCGUGUGCGCCCACCGUGAGAUCACCAUCGUGAGUCUUGGCUACUCACUGUAUGCAGGCUGGAUCGGUGCUGUGCUGUGCCUGGUGGGUGGCUGUGUUAUUGUCUGCUGCUCCGGGGAUGCACAGUCAUUUGGAGAAAACCGUUUCUAUUACUCUUCUGGCUCCAGCUCACCAACGCAUGCCAAGAGUGCCCACGUAUAAGAGGGCUGCUCUGCUGCCCACCGAGGUGCUGUAGAUGCUGGGCCUGGGGCCCUGGGUUUGCUCGCCACAGUGGGGGAGAAGCCCACUCUCUGCCAGGCACUAAAGCCAAAGGUCUAGAAAGCAUCCUGACUAGUGGUUUGCAGUAGUAACACCCCACCCACCCCACUGCUUCUCGGUUCUUAAAACAAAUCUCUAGCUCAGA